AUGCCAUCCACCCUCAAAAUCGGCUUCACAUAUUUACGCUUUUACACAGUUGCAAAUGCCGGACAACAACAACAACAGCAGCAACAACAACAACAGCCUCCGAUACAGGUGAUACCGAUGCCCAUGAUGACAGGCGGCGGCGCUCAAAUCAUAAUUGGCCAACAGCAACAGGCUGUGGGACAGGUGGGUGGUGCGUCGGGUGCGGGUGGAUUGCAACCACAAUUGAUACCGCUGCAAGCGAAUCAAAUAAUGCUGCAGGCCGCCGCCGCACAACAGCAGCAUCAGCAGCAGCCACAGAUGCAAGUGAUGCAGCUGCCCGAUGGCCAGACGAUAUUCUAUCAGACUCCCACACUCACCUCACUGGAUCCGAAUGCGGCGGCAGCAGCCGCAGCAGCAGCAGCGGCCGCUGUGGCCGCCCAACCCGCACCACAUUAUCUCAAUAUCAAUGGGCAGCUGGUGCAGAUAACGGCGGCACCAACUGCGAAUGCGGGCCAGGCGCAAGCAACUGGCGGUCAACAGAUCAUAAUGGUGCCACAAAUGACAGCGGUAAAUACGGCAGCCGCCAAUGUUGCCACCAGCAAUGCAAACCAAACAACCAGCAACAAUACUGUACAACAGCAACAACAACUGCAACAGCAACAACAGCAGCAGUCGCAGUUGCAAGUCACAGCCGCAACGGCUGCUACAACUGCCACAAGUAAUGCGAGCAUGUCGGCGGAUGUCUCCACAAGCACGACGGGCACGAAUACAAACAGCGAGGAUGAGAACUCCAAGGGUGAGGCAGAUGAGGAGCCGCUGUAUGUGAAUGCCAAGCAAUACAAACGCAUACUGAUCAGACGGCAGGCGCGGGCCAAACUGGAGUCACGUAUACCCAAGGAGCGUUGUAAAUAUCUACAUGAAUCUCGUCAUCGGCACGCCAUGAAUCGAGCCCGUGGCGAAGGUGGGCGCUUUCACUCCGCCCAGGAGAAGGGCGAUGCUGGGGGGCUGGAUGGCAUUACGUUGCCGCUGGCGUCGAGUGGCGGUGCAACGCUGAGUCGGGGCACAGCACGUGCCCCACCAAAACUGAUAGCGCCACACCAAACGCCGAGCAUCACAAUCACGGCCAUCAAAUCGGAAUAAGCUGCAGUUGAACAUCAUGCUUCAUGUUGUUGUAGAUAAACUUAAUUUUAAGCAAUAAUUGUUAAGCUCAGGUCACUUUGUACACAAUUGCAUACAAAUAAAUUUGUAUUUAUUUAAA